UAAUAUGACCGCUAUGGCCGUUGAAGCAGCUUCUUCCUCUUCUUCUUCUUUCUCCAAUUCAUACACAUAUGAUGUCUUUUUGAGUUUCAGAGGGGAGGAUACUCGCUGCAAUUUUACUGAUCAUUUGUACAACGCGUUGCGUCACAAGGGAAUUAACACCUUCAGAGAUGAUAAGCUUCCAAGAGGAGGAGAAAUAUCGGUGGAGCUUGUCAAAGCAAUUGAGGAGUCCAGGGUUUCAAUCAUUAUCUUCUCUGAGAACUAUGCAUCAUCAAGGUGGUGUUUGGAUGAACUGGUGAAGAUCCUUCAAUGUCGAGCAUCAAACAAACAAAUGGUUAGACCGGUUUUCUACAAGGUGGAUCCCUCGGAUGUACGAAAUCAAAGAGGUAGUUUUGGUGAGGCAUUUGCUAAACUUGAUCAAUGCAGAUACAAGGAUAGCAUCGGCAAAUGGAGGGAAGCUCUUUCAGAAGCAGCAAAUUUGUCUGGAUGGCUUUUUUCGGAUGGCGAGUAUGAAUCUCUGUUUAUUGGCAAGAUCGCUGAGGAGUUGUCGUCCCAAGUACUAGUCAAUUCUGAUAAUUUGAUGGUCGCUAAGUAUCCAAUUGGAAUUGACUCUUGUAGACAAGAUGUCCACAAACUUUUACAUAUGGAAGAAAAUAAUGUUCGUAUGGUAGGGAUAUGGGGUCCUGGUGGAAUAGGAAAGACCACAAUUGCUAAAGCUGUGUUUAACUCAAUUCGCGGUGAGUUUGAAGGUAGCUGUUUUUUGGCCAAUGUUAGAUCAAAUUCGAGUGUCCAAAAAGGCCUAGCUCAUCUUCAACAGAUACUUUUGUUUGAUAUUCUUGGGGACUCAACUUUGGAAGUGCACAAUGUCGAUGAAGGAAUAUGUUUUAUAAGGAAAAGGAUGCAGUAUAGAAAAGUUCUCUUAAUUAUCGAUGACGUGAGUGAUUCGAAUCAAUUAGACAACUUAGUUCGAUCAUCUGAUUGUUUUGGGCCAGGCAGUAGAAUUAUCAUAACAACAAGAGAUAAACAUUUGUUAAUAGCUCAUCAAGUUCAGUCAAUAUACGAGGUCAAGAUGUUAAAUGAUGCUGAAGCUAUGGAGUUAUUUAGUUGGAAUGCAUUCAAUUGUAAUGGACCACCAGAUGAUUUCGUGGAACUUGCAAAUCGUGCAGUACGCUAUGCUCAAGGUCUCCCAUUAGCUUUGAUAGUUGUGGGUCGUCAUCUAUUUGCUAGAAGGAAAGAGCACUGGGACGAUGCAUUGGAUAGUUAUAAAAGAGUUCCUCACAAGAAUAUUCAAGACAUUCUCAAAAUAAGUUUUGAUGCUCUAGAAGAGGAUUAUGUAAAAGAACUUUUUCUUGACAUUGCUUGCUUCUUUAAAGGUGAGGAUGUACAUCAUGUGAUAACAAUACUAGUAGCUUGUGACCGUAACCCAGUGAUUGGUAUCGAAAUACUCAAAGAAAAGGCCCUGAUAACAAUGGACGGACAUAAGAUCAUGAUGCAUGACUUGAUAGAAGAAAUGGGUAGAGAAUUAGUACGUCAACAGGGUGAGCCCGGCGAAAGAAGCAGAUUGUGGAACUUCGAUGAUGUCUACCAUGUAUUAACAGCUAAUACAGGAACAAAGAAAAUAAAAGGCAUUAGACUAAAAUGGGAGCAAGAAAAAGAUGAGAUAUGUUUGAAUUCUAAAAGCUUUUCUAGGAUGAAAAAUCUCAAAUACUUGUCUAUCAGCAAGAGGGUACAGUAUUUUGGAAACAUAGAUCAUCUAUCCAAUGAGUUGAGGUGGCUUUACUGGUACGGAUGUCCGAUACAGUCAUUUCCUUCAAAUUUUCAUCCAAGGAAACUUGUUGUGCUCAAAAUUCCUUACAGCCCUCGCAUCACACGACUAUGGGAGGGACUUAAGAAUUUUCCAAUUCUAACAUCUAUGAAUUUGGAAGGUUGUAAAUCCCUAAGAGAACUUCCAAACUUCACCGGAAUCCCCAACUUAGAAGAGCUGAAUUUAUAUGGUUGUGAAAGUUUAGUUGAGGUUCAUCAGUCCGUUGGAUGCCUAGAUAAGCUUGUGACCUUAUGUCUUGAAGGCUGCAAUAACCUUGUUAAGCUGCCCAGCGAAAUUAGCUUGAAAUCUCUCCAUGCUAUGGAUCUUAAGUUUUGCACUAAGCUAGAGGAAUUUCCAAAAAUUAUUGGAAAGAUGGAUUCUUUAAGAGAGUUGAUCCUAUCGAAUACUCUUGUUAAAGAACUGCAUCCGUCAAUUGGGAAUCUCAUUGGGCUUAGACAGUUAUACCUAGAUCAUUGUCAAAAUCUUACUACUCUACCAUGCAGCAUAUAUGAGUUACAAAAUCUAGAGAUCUUAAAGGUGAGUGGAUUCUCAAAAUUUGUUACAUUUCCAAAAUUCAAGGGAAAGAUGAAUUCCUUAAAAGAGUUGUAUCUAAGAGGCUGCUACAUUGAAGAAUUGCAUCCAUCAAUUGGAAAUUUCACUGGGCUUAAUGAGUUGAAUCUAGCAGAUUGUAAAAAUCUUACAACAAUACCAUGCAGCAUAUAUGAGUUACAAAAUCUAGAGAUCCUAGAUGUGAGUGGAUGCUCAAAACUUGUUACAUUUCCAACAAAAGCAAGCAUUUCACAUGACCAAGACAGUGGUUCACUAGCGCUUCCCAAGCUCCGUGUACUCAAAAUCACCGGCUGUAAUUUAUCAACUGCUGAUUUCAUUGGGAGUCAUGAUUGCUUGGAAACAUUAAACGAACUUGAUCUCUCAAGUAACAGUUUUGUUAAUAUUCCUGCACUAGGCAAAUUUGUCAGCUUGCCAAGGAUUGACUUGUAUAGUUGCACGAGACUUCGAGAGAUUCCAGAGCUUCCACCAAAUAUACUUGAGGUAAAUGCAGGGGAUUGCAAAUCACUGGAGAGAUUUUUGAUAUUGCCCAAGUCUUUGAAUAUGGUAGAGAUAAACUUGUGGAAUUGCCAUAGAUUUAGUUACAAGCUGGGCUAUGACAUGGAGAAGAUGGAAAAUAUUUUGCUGAAUAAUCAGGUCUGUUUUUUCUCUUUCUAG